CGCACAUGGGCGCGCGGCACCGCACAUGUUGCGAUGCAAGUUGCAGCUUCACCCUGAGCUCUGCUAUUUAGAGCGAGUGAACUAUACAGAUGCGGCAAAGCAAAGCUAACCGAACAAGAAGCCAGCACUAGUUUACAAGAGAUUCCCAUGGAUUACCCGAUGCAGGAGGUGCACCAGCACCCAGGAUUCCGGGCGGUUCAUCCAUGGCAGUGGUGGCAGUGGCAGCUCUCCGUCCUGGCUUCGUCCUCUUCGCCUCCGGCUCCGUCGUCGCGGCCGCCCAACCACGUCAGCUGGGAUGAGACCGGCGCCGCGCAUAUCUACUCCGCUGACCUCCCCGGCGUGAAGAAGGAGGAGAUCAGGGUGGAGAUUGAGGACGGGAGGUACCUCGUCAUACGCACCGAACUGGACGCUGGUGACGCGGAAGUCCACGGCCGCCGAGGCAGCUUCGCGAGGAAGUUCCGGCUGCCGGGGAUGGUGGACGCCGACGGCAUCACGGCCGAGUACGCCCACGGCGUACUGACCGUGACGGUGCCCAGGAUGCACACCCGGGCCCGGCCCGUGGUCAAUCUCAUCGGGCUUGGUCCUGCCUGCGACCCCGUGGCCAGAGCAGCUUAAACUGAUUUAUUAUUAUAUUAUAUUAUAUAUUCAAGUUCCCAUGUACUAAACGAAAUGAUGAAUGGAUAAGGUCUAGCCUGCCAGAUAUCUUAUCUUAUUUUUCUUAUAACUA